AAGAACAACCUAUAGUUAGUAAAGUAGAUGAUAACUGGAAAGAAGAAUAUGAAGAUGAGGAAUUAAUCUCUUAUGAAACUUAUACUUUGGAAGCAGAAUCUAAUAAUAUUGAAGACUCAGGAUAG